AUGGGUAACCCUUGGACAGUUCGUCAGUUGAGAAGACUCAAUGCUUCUAAUACCCCCGAAAUUCUUUUUAUGUCAGAAACUAAGGUUACUAAAAAUAUUGCUGAGCAGAAAAAGGAGAGUCUUGGAUUUUCCAGGGCCUUUGGAGUGUCGUGUGUUGGGAGAGCUGGAGGUUUAUGUAUGUUUUGGAAGGAAGAAACGAUCUCUUUUAGGAUGAUGUCUUUUUCCCAAAAUUAUAUUUGUGGCGAUGUGAGGAGUAGUGGGGAUGUGCGAUGGCGGUUUGUGGGCAUUUAUGGAUGGCCGGAAGAGGAGAACAAACAUAAAACUUGGGCUUUGAUAAAAGGGUUGUGUGAUGAAUAUGAGGGGCCUAUAGUUUUCGGGGGAGAUUUUAAUGAAAUUUUGAGUUAUGAUGAGAAGGAAGGGGGUGCUUCGAGGGAGCGGAGAGCUAUGGUGGGGUUUCGAAAUGUGAUGGAUGACUGUAGUCUUGGGGAGUUGCGGUUUGUGGGUCAGUGGCACACUUGGGAGAGAGGGAGGAGUCCGAAAUCUCGAAUUAGGGAACGCUUGGACCGAUUUAUCGUCUCGCAUUCUUGGUUGAAUUUAUUUCCAGAGUCUUUUAUUGAUCAUAAGGUGCGUUACUGUUCGGACCAUGCUGUUAUUGUAUUACGUUGUUUGGGAAAUGAGGGGAUGCCGAGAAGAUGGGAUGGUGGUUUUCGUUUUGAGACCUUUUGGCUUCUUGAUGAUGCUUGUGAGGAGGUGGUUAGGGGUGCGUGGAGUGCAGCAGAGGGUGGUAGAAUUUGUGAGAAAUUAGGGGUUGUGGCGAGAGAGUUGCAGGGAUGGAGUAAAAAGGCUUUCGGGACUCUUAAAAAGAAAAUUGAAGUAGUGGAGAAAAAGUUACAUGAAGCCCAGUGUGAAGCUAUUUCGAAUGACAACUGUGAGAGGUGUGUGAGUUUGGAAAAGGAGUUGGAUGAAUUACAUGCUAAGAACGAGGCUUACUGGUAUAUGAGAUUGCGAGUGGCGGAAAGAUUCUGGCAUAUAAUUGGUGAUGAGGUUUUUAAUUUUGUUAGCAGCAUUUUACAUAACUAUUCUUGCCCGGAGAAUGUUAAUUGUACUAAUAUUGCUCUUAUUCCCAAAGUUAAAUCCCCUACUAUUGUCUCUGAGUUUAGGCCUAUAAGUUUAUGCAAUGUAUUGUACAAAAUAGCUUCUAAAGCUAUUGUUUUGAGGCUUAAACAAUUCCUUUCCUGUAUUGUAACGGAGAAUCAAAGUGCGUUUGUCCCUGGAAGAAUGAUUUCGGAUAACUCUCUCAUUGCUCUGGAGAUCUUUCAUACUAUGAAGAAGAGGAAUAAUAGCAGGAAAGGAUUGAUUGCGAUGAAACUGGACAUGAGUAAAGCCUAUGACAGAGUGGAGUGGGGUUUUCUAGGAAGCUACUGUUGA